UUUCUUCCUAAAGUCUCUCAGUCAUUCCUCACUUCUCUUUCCACUUCUUCUCUCUCAAACAUUAUCUCCAAGCAAUCAAUCAUGGUUGCAAAAGGAGACCAAGAAAAUGGAUCACCAGUCUUAGAUGGGACUAAAAACUCCCUUUUCCGAUAUAAUUCUCCUCUCAUUCAAGUAGGUUUAAUCGGAUUAGUUUGUUUUUGCUGCCCAGGCAUGUUCAACGCCUUAUCCGGCAUGGGCGGUGGUGGUCAGGUUGACCACACCGCCGCCAAUAAUGCUAACACCGCUCUAUACACCACCUUCGCCGUCUUCGGCAUCCUCGGCGGCGGAAUCUACAACAUCCUUGGUCCCAGACUCACCCUCUUCGCUGGCUGCUCCACCUACAUCCUCUACGCCGGAUCCUUCCUCUACUACAACCACCACAAACAUCAAGCUUUCGCCAUCGUUGCCGGCGCUCUUCUCGGUGUCGGCGCCGGUCUCCUCUGGGCCGGCCAGGGAGCUAUCAUGACCUCAUACCCACCUACCCACCGUAAAGGAACUUACAUCUCUAUGUUCUGGAGCAUCUUCAACAUGGGUGGAGUCAUCGGUGGUCUCAUACCCUUCAUCAUGAAUUACAACCGCGAAGAUGCGGUUUCCGUCAACGACGGAACAUACAUCGGAUUUAUGGUUUUUAUGACGAUAGGAACCCUACUCUCGCUAGCAAUUUUACACCCGAGAAAAGUAAUUCGGAACGAUGGGUCUCAUUGCACCAACAUUACGUACUCCAAUGUGAUGACUGAAUCAGUUGCAAUCGCGAAACUCUUCACCAACUGGAAGAUGUUGUUAAUCAUGCCUGCAGCAUGGGGGAGUAACUUCUUCUACAGUUAUCAAUUCAAUAACGUGAAUGGAGCCCUGUUUACUCUUAGAACCAGAGGAUUAAACAACGUGUUCUAUUGGGGAGCCCAGAUGAUUGGGUCUGUGAUGAUCGGUUACAUCAUGGAUUUCAGCUUCAAAAGCAGGAAGACGAGGGGGUUGGCUGGAAUCGGAGUUGUGGCGGUGCUCAGCACGGGGAUUUGGAUCGGCGGGAUGUUUAAUCAAAGGGGUUAUAACCACCAUGAUGUGGUGAGCAAGACGGUGAAGAUUCUGGAUUUCAAGAACUCCGGCAGCGAUUUCGCUGGACCGUUUGUGCUUUAUUUCAGUUACGGUUUAUUAGACGCAAUGUUUCAGAGCAUGAUUUACUGGGUGAUUGGUGCUUUGGCCGAUGAUUCCGCCAUUCUUAGCAGGUAUGUGGGGUUUUACAAGGGAGUGCAGAGUGCAGGAGGAGCAGUGGCUUGGCAAAUCGAUACGCACAAAGUGCCAUACAUGACUCAAUUGAUUGUGAAUUGGGUACUUACGACUGUAAGUUAUCCAUUGCUGGCUCUUCUGGUUAUAAAAGCUGUGAAAGAUGAAGAUAAAGUUGCAGAAGAAGAGUCUCCUUCGGGUUUUCCAAACGCAGUAAAAGAGUCUAAAGAUUGUCUUUCUUCUAUGUGGGUUUGCUUUGAACAACCUUAA